UGCUCGGCUUGCCUUCGGUGGGGUCAUGCCCGCCCGGUCUGCCACUCCAUCACCUGUCGUUGCAAUCACUGCGGAGGUAAUCACUUAGAACAGGAACACCACCAACGGGCAGCUUGCUGCCAGGGCGGAAACCCCACGCCAGGCAAUGCGCCGUGCCCACACCCACCCAAGUGUGUCAACUGUGGCGCAGCCCACAAGGCUACCGAACGCACCUGCCCCUUCUACGGACACCGUCAUGAUUGCGACUGGAUCAGCCAACAUCAACCCCAUGCUGCGAGUUAG